GGGCGCUUUGCUGCACGCUGUCGGGAAGCAUGGAGAUCCACGGCGAGCUGGCGGCCGGCGCGAGCUGCUCGCCGCCGUCCACUCAGGGCUGCCCGAGGGUCUCAGUGUCUAAAGACCUGUUGACGGCGGGGAGAGAAGGCGGAGGAGGUAUAUGGGACAAGUUACUCAUCAACUCCAAGCCUGAUCCCAGGAAGACCUGUACUCUUCAGACAAUUCGGAUAGAGAGAAGUCCACUAUUAGAUCAAGUCCAGACCUUUCUCCCACAGAUGGCCCAGGCAAAUGAAAAGUUACAGAAAGAAAUGGCAGUUGCUCCACCAGACCGUUUCAACAUUGAAAAUAUUGAUGGGACUCUUGGAAAUGUUAUACAAAUGGAUGUGGCCUUGUUUGAGAUGAAUCAGUCAGAUUCAAAAGAAGAGGAUAGUUCAGAAGAGAGUUCACAGGACACGUCUGAGGACAGUUCGGAAUCCGAGGAUGAGGAUGACAGCGUCCCCUGUGAAGUCACUGUAGAUACCAUCAAGCUUCCUAAUUCAGGAGGUGCAAAGGGCAAGAUUGAAGUUUUGGACAGUCCAGCAGGUGAAGAAAAGAAAUAAAUUAUUCGAAAAUCAGGUGCUACAUUCCUGCUUACUCUAUGAAAAAGGUGGUACCUCGCUGGCACUUCGGCGUUUUAUGGCCCUGCAGUCCUCUGUGUUCAAGAAAACUUGAAGCAAAUUGAGAUUAAUAGAGGCUAUUUGAGCAAAGAAAACUCAUGGAUCUGCCAGCACCCUUAAUGGAAAGGAGUUCAGGGAGCUUGAGGGUAGCGUGCCCUUAUAGCCAAAACGGAAAUAGAUAAAGUAUUGGUAAUGGCAAGGCACUUGCUUUAUUUGGACAUGGUUGAUCACUUGUAGUCAGUUAUUGCUGUAAUUCAGCUGUUUGUGUUGGGCUGAAAUCCAUCUGUUUGUUAUAAAAAUCCACUCUUAAUUUAGGUUUCAAGUUCCGUUUAUGUACUGAGGUAGGUUGCAGGGUUUUUUAACAUAGGAACCAAAAGUACCAGAGACAACUUCAGGAUAAUAGCCUUUUCCUUCUUUAACUUGUCAUGUUGGAUAUGUUUUAUUUCUCAGAGAAACCAAAGAUAGGGUGGUGUGGGCCUCCUCUCCCCACCUCUUCCCUCCUAUCCCCUUUCCUUUAUUUUUACCUCUCUCUUCCUCUCCUUCUCCUCUUUUUCUUUUUUUCCCCCUCCCCCUCCAGACAGUCUCACUAUUAUAGCCCAGGCUGGCCUUGAAUUCAUGAUCCUCUUGCCUCAGCCUCCAGUGUACUGGGAUUACAGGAAUGUACUACUGCUCUCAAAACUUUUUAAGAGAAAAACACUUUUGGUAAAGAAGAGUUGAUUAUUAUAUGUGUUAUAUAUAAAAUAUAUAAUAUAUACCCUUGCAGUUUGAGCUGGAAAGAUGAUGCUCUGUGGUAAAUUUACAUUGCCAUUGGCAGCAGGUGUAUGCUGCAUGAGCAUGGACUAGAUAGAAAAAUGGGUUUUUCUUGAUUUUUAGAGGUAUUGGGGAUUGAACUCAGAGCCUCACACAUGGUAGGCAAGCACUCUACCAUUGCUUUUAGGUUGCUUUGUAAAUUUGGCUUCAAAUAUUUGCUGGCCUCAAACUGCUCUUCCUAUCUGUGCUUUAGGCUCCUUUUCACCUCCAUCCCACUCCAGGUCAAAACUUUUGACUCAGUUACUAAAAAUCCUCCAUCCAGUUGCCUGCUAUGUGAAUGAAGCCUGUCAAAUGUUGAAAAUAGGACUGUUGUUAAUAACAGUCUGUUAUUAGCCUGGUCUUCCUUCCUCAGCCUCUUGAGUGCUAGGAUUCCAAGCAUAUAUCGCCAUGCCCAGUAUACAUCUUUAUGUAAGAUUUAUUGUGACAUUUAGAGUAGCAAACAUCUGAAUGUCCAACAAUAAAAGAUUAAAA